UCCAUGGAUGUCUCAGUGAGCAUCCCUGCAGCUGCAGCUUCCAUGGAAAACAUGAGUGAUGACAAGAUAGCAAUCAUCAUCCCCCAGAUGUCCCCUUUCCUCCCAAAGUCUCCUUCCAACAAGAUCCUUCCAUUGGGGUUGCAAAAUGAGGCAGCUCAUCCAGCUCGUAGCUUCGCGAAGAGGGCGGCCCUUCUUCUCAUCAAGAAGGUGGUGGCAGAGUUCCUGGGGACAUUCCUGCUCAUGUUCGCCCUGCUGUCGGCACUCAUCAUGAACGAGAAGCAUGGCGGCGCGCUGGGCCUGCUCGGGGUGGCUGCGACGGCGGGGCUCGCCGUGGUCGUCAUCGUGGCAUCCCUCGUCCACGUCUCCGGGAGCCACCUGAACCCAGCUGUCAGCAUUGCCAUGACAGUGUUCGGUUACCUCCCCCCAGCUCACCUCGUGCCUUACAUGGCCGCACAGUUCCUUGGAUCCACGGGGGCCUCAUUCGCGGUCAAGACUAUCUAUGACUCGCCAAACCUCGGCGCCACCAUCGCCACCGUGCCGGCGCUUGGCACCACGUCGUGCUUCGUCGAGUUCAUCACCACGUUCAUCCUCCUCUUCGUCAUCACCGCUCUUUCUACUGAUCCUAAAGCAGUGAAAGAGUUGAUUGCUGUGGGAGCUGGGGCAGCUGUGAUGAUGAACGCUCUCAUCUCCGCGGAGUCGACGGGAGCGUCGAUGAAUCCAGCAAGAACCCUUGGUCCAGCCAUCGCCACAGGGACGUACACCAAGAUUUGGGUCUACAUGGUUGCUCCUCCGCUCGGCGCCAUUGCUGGCACUGGAGUCUACGUUGCACUCAAGUGA